UCAGCUGCUGUUGUUAGUUUCGAAGCGGGGACGUGAGUGUUGGUCGUGAAGUCAUAUCAGAAACGACAACAAAGAAAUAUCUACGUCUUUAGGAACCAGCGGAAAUGUACAACAGCAUGCUGGAGGAUUUCGAUGAGGACCCAUUCUUUUCGGAUCCAUUCCGUGCUCAUAGAGAGCACAUGAGGCGGAUGAUGCGCAGUUUCUCCGAACCAUUUGGUUCCCACUUUUGCACACGCAUCACAGAUGGGAGAAACCGUGGAUGGGAGGUGGCCGAACUUCCAAGGCCUUCUUCCCACUUNAGCACACGCAUCACAGAUGGGAGAAACCGUGGACGGGACGUGGUCGAACUUCCAAGGCCUUCUUUUGAUCGAAGAAAUGAGCGUCGGGACAUGAGCCAGUCACUGUUGCCUUUUGGCAGCACGGACAUGAUGCAGAACCCUGUCAGCAUGUUUGGCAACAUGAUGUCCAACAUGAGAACAAACAUGGAUGAAAUGAGCAGAGGUUUUGACGUGUCACCAGCUGCAAACGGCCACUCAUUCAGGUCAUCAUCGGUAAUGUCAUUUUCAAAAGUUGGAGAUGAGCCUCCAAAGGUCUUCCAGGCGACUACGUCGACUCGCUGCGCCCCGGGAGGAAUAAAGGAGACAUGUCAAGCUGUUAAAGACUCAGAAAGCGGUCUGGAGAAGAUGAAAAUUGGACACCAAAUCAAGGACAGACAGCAUGUUGUUGAGAAGAGACACAACAGGCAAACUGGAGCCGAAGAGCUUAAACAGGAUUUCGUGAAUAUGAAUGAAUCUGAAGCAGACUCUUUUGACAAUGAAUGGCAGCAGAAGGUAUCCAGGCUUCUGUCACCAGUCCACAUGCCUGGCCCAAUGCAACGUCAGCUUGGUAGUCCUGAGCAUCCCUGUAGAGGUCAUCGUAGGAGAAAGGCUGGACGUCAAGGCUCAGGCAACACCGAGUACGAAUACUGAUGCCUCUGUGCUUACGUGUAAUUAAAGCCAUUUACACAUCUCGCAGUUCAAAGUGGUGCCUUCCCCCCAACCCCAGAAACACACAGCACAUGAAACAGAGAAAGAAUCUAUUAUAGCUGGACACAAAAUAUUAUGUCGCGCAUAUCUGUUCUGUGAUGCACACGCCGUAGUGUAUGUUACAGAUGCUUCCUUGUUCCAUCACAUCUGGUUUAAACUGAUGAAUAAUUAUCAAGCCUCUAAAAGGCUUGAUCUCAGUCUAUGGAGCUUCUUUUCAGGUACAACUGAAACAGUAAAAUGACUACAGGAGCACUAACUAAGCAGAUCAGAGUAACAUACUUUGAGUUCCUGUUUAGCUCCAAGCCACAAAGCAAAAUAAAUCAACAGAUAAUCUGAUGGAAGUAAAAGACUGCAUUAGCCCAAUGGUGUCUUCUCACAUUACAAUCACAAACUACUAUCACAUUGACUUCAAUGAAAUCCAAAAUAUUGGGAUUUAAUAUAAGCCAACACAAAGUAUUACAUAAUUGUGUCAUGAUUACUUUGACAACCAUGAAGGAAAUCCAGCGUAACCAAUCGUCUUCAGGGUUCAUCUAAUUGGUAAAAAAAAAGUGUAUGAUUUAAUCUUUGUUUGAAUGGAGAUGUUCUAUGAAGGCCAAUGAGGUUUGUUAGAGAGCAUUAGUGAGCAAGCAGCAUCACGAAGACGAAAGGAACAGCAAGUCAGGGAUAAAGCUGAGAAGUUUAAAGCAGCAUUAGGUUAUAAAGCUAUAUCUCAAGCUUUGAACACAUAACAUGUCCACAUCAUUCCCACCAAGAAACCACAUUAUGCUGUGUCACCAGCAUUUUUGUCAGAAAAUCUGAAAAAUAGAAUUUUACACGUCAUGUAAACAUUAUCUUUUUAGCUUAUAAACAGGUGCCAAUGUUCAUACUUUUUGUUGUAAAAUAAAGCAAUGCACAUAGAAUAUAUCCGGUUUUGUUUCUCUUUAGUGUCUGUUUUAAAUACUGAAAUCUUUGUACAAACACACUUGCCCUUAAUCUUUUUAUAUUGGUUAGUUUUUACUUUUUGAACUUUGUGCUUUAUUGCAGAGUGUAGACGAACGCAGGGAUUACUCUCGCUAAAUGAAGAUUUUUUUUUUUUUUCUUGUACGUUUUGUGUUAAAAGUGAGGUCUGCCAGUUCAGGAUGUCUGAAAAUAAAGUUGUGUGAAUGAACCUGA